AGGAUCUCCUCAGUUCCAAAUAGCUGCAUAUCCGCCGCGAAUCUUGUUUACUAUUACCGCUAACAAUUUAAAACAGAAAACUGCCUUUACCUGACCACAUGAAAAGAUGAUUAAAACGGAAAAGAUCUUCCAUUUAAAAAGCUCCAGGGGACGGAAGGUCCGUGUGGUUCGGGAACAUUAUCUGAGAGAACAUGUACCUUGUCACAGCUCUCUCUGUCAGGCGGGAUGUGACAAUGACGGCAAGUUGCUCUCGGAAGACGUGACCCACUAUGUGUUCCCUGACGUGGGUGUCGUGGUGGACUACCAGGAGGUUCUGGAGUUUAGAGAGCUCCGGGGGGUUGUCUUCACGCAGACCGCCUGCAGCGCUGUGCAGCACAGCAAAGGACGCAGGCAGUACAACCGGCUGCGCAACCUGCUGAAGGACCCGCGUCACGACUGUGUUCUGUUUGCCAAUGAGUUUCAGGAGUAUGCUUACUGCUCCCGGGCGAAGGGAGAAAGCCAGGACAUAUGGCACAGCAGGUCUGUUUACAGUGCAGCAGUGUGGUACCAUGACCACCUGGUUGGUGUCAAGCCUGUAGUAAUGAUCACUGAGGACGAGGCUGCAGUAGCCAUGUACAGCAGUCUGCACUCUGGCAUUUACAUUGUCUCCAUGCAGGAAUAUUUACUGAACUUCUGGCCAGAGCUGCAGGCAGCCCAGGAUCUGUACUGCUCAGUUUCCCAGGCCCUGCAAGAGAAGGAGAGCGAGGGAACAGAGAGGGAGUACCUGGAACACUUGCCCUCGGAAGUGCUGGAGGCCGGGAUCAAAUCCGGCCGAUACAUUCAGGGUACUCUGAAUGUCAACAAGCACCGGGCGCAGAACGAGGCUUUUGUUCGACUGGAGGGGUCUUCGAAUAAAAACACAGAUCUGAACAGCGAUGUGUUGUUGAGUGGCGGGAAGAGCCGGAACCGGGCCGUGCAGGGCGACAUGGUGGUGGUGGAGCUUUUGCAGAAGAGCGAGUGGAGGGGGCGUGCUACGGCACUGAGCGAAGGCCAGGGAGAGGACAAGCUGCCAGAGAGCACCCAGAGCCAACCCAUGCCCACAGGUCGUGUGGUGGGGAUACUGCAAAGGAACUGGAGAGACUACGUGGUAACCUUCCCCCCCAAGGAGGAGACCCAGAGCAGGAGCUCCAGGCGCAUCCUGGCCACGCCCUGGGACCAGCGAAUCCCCAAGAUCCGGAUCAGCACUCAGCAGGCUGAGGCCCUCCAGGACCAUAGGGUGGUGGUGCGCAUCGACUCAUGGGAAAGCACGUCUCUCUACCCCAAUGGGCACAGCGUCCGCGUGCUGGGCAGAGCUGGCGAGCUGGAGACGGAGGUCCAGACAAUCCUGAUAGAAAACGGUGUCACCGUGCUGCCCUUCUCGGAGGCCCAGUUGCGGGAGAUGCCGGUCAACACUCCGGAGAAGCCGUGGCGGGCGGACGAGGCUGCAAGGCGGGACCUCCGGGAGAGCCACCUGGUGUUCAGUGUGGACCCGCGCGGGUGCGAGGACGUGGAUGACACGCUGUCGGUGCGCACCCUGCCCGGGGGGGCGCGCCUGGAGCUGGGCGUCCACAUCGCAGACGUCACCCACUUUGUCCGCGAGGGAUCGCUCACGGACCUGGAGGCCCGCUCCAGGGCUACAACCUACUACCUGGCAGACCGUAGGUACGACAUGUUGCCAGCGGUGCUCAGUGCAGACCUCUGCUCUCUGCUGGGAGGCGUGGACAGGUACGCCAUGAGCGUGCUGUGGGAGCUGGACGCGCACACCCUGGUCGUCCACAAGGUGUGGUACGGCCGCACCCUGAUCCGCUCCUCCUACCAGCUGUACUACGAGCAGGCGCAGGCCCUGCUCAACGGGGAGCCGGUCCAGGUCCCAGAGCUGCUGCAGCUGGAGCCGGAGCAGCGGGACGCCAAGCUGGCCCAGCUGACCGGGGCCCUGGAGCUGCUGACCCACGUGGCCAGGCACCUGCGGGCCCAGCGGGACCUGGGCGGGGCCCUGGAGCUGGAGGGAGUGGAGGUGCGCGCCCAACUGGACGAGGACAAGAACAUCACAGCCCUGGUGCCCCGGCAGCCUCUGGAGGUCCACGAGACGGUGGCAGAGUGCAUGAUCCAUGCCAACCACUGGGUGGCGCGCAAGAUCCAGGAGAGCUUCCCCCAGCAGUCCCUGCUGCGCCACCAUCCGCCCCCACGACAGGAGUAUUUCUGCCAGCUGGUGGACUGCGCCAAGGCCAUGGGCUUCACCAUCAACACCAGGUCGAACAAGGACUUAGCAGACUCUCUGGACCAGGCGGUGGACCCCAAGGACCCGUUGGUGAACAGAAUGCUCAGAGUGAUGGCCACCCAGGCCAUGUCCAACGCCCUCUACGUCUCCACCGGGUCUAUCCCCAAAGACCAGUGUUACCACUACGGUCUGGCCCUGGACAGAUACACACACUUCACCUCACCGAUCCGUCGCUAUGCCGACAUAGUGGUUCAUCGCCUCCUCACAGCAGCCAUCAGCCUGGACCGAGGCUCGGACCCGGGUCAAACCCUGGCCAGUAACAAAGACCUGGGGGUCACCGCCGAGCACAUCAACAGAAAGAACCAGGCAGCGCAGCGCACCCAGAAGCUGUCCACAGAGCUGUUCCAGUGUCUCUACUUCAAGGACAAAGACCCCCUGACAGACCCUUGCUGUGUGGCCGAUGCCGUUGUGUACUCCAUCCGCACCAACGGCUUCUUGGUCUUCAUCCCACAGUAUGGCCUGAAGGGAGCGGUGUACGUGAAGAACCGGGAGGGCCAGGUUGUGAGUGCGGGGCCGGACGGCACCUGUGAGUGGCAGAGUGGUUCAGUCCACAGAUACCCCGACCGCAUCAGCACAGUCUGCAGCACCGGCACCAUAACCUUCAACUUGUUCCAACAUAUCACUGUACGCAUCUCCGUCCAGCCAUCGCGCUGCCAUUCAGACAGCCUCCUCCUGGAGGUGCUGAGCUGCCAGCCGCACCAGAGGCCGGAUCCCGUGGACCUCCCGGGGCCACAGCCCCAGGGGCGGACCCAUCUGGUGCAGGAGGUGGUGCGGCUGGCUGAGGAGGCCUCCAAGCAGGCCCAGGAGAAGGCAGCACAGGGCAGCAGACCCUCCGAGGAGGAGAGAGACUUCUACCAGACCAAAUGGCCCAACCUCUACUCCCUCCUUGAGGAGGUGAGGGAGCUGGCUCUGAUGGACCCGCAGGCCUGUGGAGGUGGGCCGAGGCUCAGUGGGGGGGCCGGAUGCACUUCAACAGCAUAGAAGACACUCACCCAGGUCAUAUUUACUUGGUUGUACAGUUGAAAAACUCUGCUUUUUAUAUCAGAGUAUAUUAAUUGGUAUGAAAGUGGUCGCUUAUCAGCACUAUACAUUUCUUUGCUAUUGAACUACAGCUUUUACUAUAGUUUACUAUUUUUACCUAUUAUCCUAAAUUUAAAAAGGAGUCAGUUACCAAGUUUCUGGCUAUUUCAAUUGUGUUUGAGAUUAGUAUCGGGGAAAAUUUUGACUGGAGGGAUUGAUAUUGGGCCUAGUACAUUGGUAUUCGGUAUACAUUGUAAAUCUAUUUUUCGAUUACCUUUUGUACAAAUGUUUUCAUUUAUUUUGUCAGAAAUCCAAUUUUUAAAUAACAUUAAAGAUUAGUUUACCUAAUCAUGCAGAGUUUAUUAACUACACCCAUUUAUAGAAAUGAAUAAAAAGGUUUCAUCUUGGGAA